CAAGGAAGUGGGCUGUGUCUUUGAAUACAAGGCGCCAGUAGCCGUUCCUUGUCAACAACUGAAAGAUCCCGAGGGAUGCCCGCCACCGAGCCGGUCCGGUUGGGUCGGAAACGCGCCCUGCCCUCGUGCCCGAACCCGCUGUUCCUCAAGUGGCUCACCGAGCUCCGGGACGAGGCGAAGGAGAAAGGACUGAAGAUCCAGUACACCUACCAGAAGGCCAUCAACUCACUCAAUAAAUAUCCACUGCCGCUCAAGAACGCCAAAGAGGCAAAGAUCCUCCAAAACUUCGGAGACGGCAUCUGUAAGCUACUGGAUGAAAAGCUGCAACGGUAUUAUAGAGAGAACGGUGCUGACGCUUCUAUACACGCUCUCCCCAAAGGAGCGCCCCCUCCUGGCCAAUCAGACAAUAACAUCAUCCUGGCUCCAUCCAAAAAGAAAAAUGCUGCAGGUGAUCAAGGAAAGGAUGGAGGAGGAGAUGGAGGGAGGAAGAAGAAGAGGGAGUAUGUCCCCCAGAAGAGAUCCGGGGGUUAUGCUGUGCUGCUGACUCUUUACAAAGAAACUCAGGUCCCUGGUAGUAAAGGUUACAUGUUUAAGAUGGAGCUGCAGGCAGAAGCUCAGCAUCUCUGUGACAAAUCGUUCACUGUGCCUGAUUUAGGCAGUAAGUACACCGCCUGGAGCUCAGUCAGCACUCUGAUCCAGAAGAACCUGGUGAUAAAGACUCACAAUCCUGCAAGGUAUUCUCUGACAGAAGGAGGUCUGGCUUUGGCCGAGCGACUGGCGUCCGUAGAGCAGACGAACACAGACGGGGACAGAGAGGAGGUUAGGAGUGAGUUAGAGGCGACUGAGGAAGACGAUCACGUUGUAGACCUCACUGGUAGUGAUGAAGAUGAAGAAGAGAAGGAGGAGAACAGAAUACACCCCGCAGAGAGACAGCCCACCGUCACUGAGGUUAGCUGCGACGUGGACGACGUGCGUUCAUCAGGGAAACCACAGAAUUCACAGACGAUGAUGACGACAAGCAGAAAGCCGAACGCAGAAUAUCUCCUACCCGGAACGUAUGAAAUUAUGCUCUGUGUUGACUUCAUCGAGACCACUGGUGGGAGUCACCAUCGUAAGCAGGAGCUGGUGAAAGAGCUUCAGAGAAAUGGAGUCAACUUUGACAUCAGGAAACUAAACGUUGGGGACUUCCUGUGGGUGGCUCGGGAAAAGGUGGCACCUGUUGCAGGUCAGUUGCGAGCGCCUGUAGGCAGGGAGCUUGUUCUUGACUACAUAGUGGAGAGGAAGAGGAUGGACGACCUGUGCGGCAGCAUCAUCGAUGGACGCUUCAGGGAACAGAAGUUCCGACUGAAGAGGUGCGGUCUUCAUAAGCCCAUCUAUUUAGUGGAGGAGUGUGGAUCAGCUGCUUCUCACCUGAGCUUACCUGAAACUACACUGCAGCAGGCCAUAGUCAACACACAGGUGGUUGACAGUUUCUUUGUGAAGAGAGUGCAGGAUGUGAAGGAGUCAGCGGCGUACCUCACCAUCAUGACAAGAUUCCUGACUAAACUGUACCAGAACCGAACACUGAUCUGUCGCUCUAGAGAGUUGGAGGGCGAUGGAGGCAGUGACGAAGAGGAGAGAGGGCUCCCCUCCUGCUCCCUUAUGUCUUUUGCAGAGUUCAACCACGGUGCAGUCAAAAACAAGUGUCAGACAGUGAGAGAAGUGUUUGCCAGACAGCUGAUGCAGAUCAGCGGAUUGUCUGGAGACAAAGCAGCUGCUAUACUGGAACACUACAGCACGCCACACAGUCUUCUGACAGCAUAUGAACAGUGCACAAGUGAAGCAGAGAAAGAGAAACUCCUCUCCUCGAUACGAUACGGGAAGCUCAAAAGGAACCUGGGUCCAGCUUUGAGCAGAACAGUUUAUCAGCUCUACUGUACACAAGGAGCUCUGACAUGAAGGCGGCCCUGGAAGUGGUCCCAAAGUAUACUCAACAAUGUGAAUUAUACCGUCAUUAACUUUUAGGUCCUCGUUUACUUGAACAGCAUCAUUUUGAGUAUGAUUAUGUAAAAGUGUAUAUAAAUG